UAGUGGAACAAAGUCAUCGAUGUUUCAAUGUCAUUCAAUUCGUUAAAAUUAUGUGACUAUUGAUUUUAGAUAUGUUACGCUGACUUCCUUUCCGUUUAUUUUAUUUUUAAGUUUCUAGGUUUCAACUGAGGAUGAACUGCUCAUAGAGAAUGGUGGAAGUUGACCAGCAGAUAGUGCCAGAGUCUCAGGAAAUUGAGGAGAUCCUCAUCGGUGAAUACGAUCCUCACUCACAUCGACUUGUUGAAAAACCCACAUCAACCAUUGAGACAUUUGUUCACAUUUUAAAAGCUGCGCUUGGGACGGGUGUACUUGCCAUGCCAGAAGCUUUUAAAUACGCAGGAUAUGUGAAUGGUGUGAUCAGUACCUGCCUAAUUGGAUUCAUUUGUGUUCACUGUUUGCUAAUCCUGAUUCGCUGCCAAUACGUUUUGUGCAAGCGUCAUCAAGUGCCUAUUCUCACCUAUCCUAAAUUAAUGCAGCUUUCCCUACAAGCAGGACCACCAUUUCUGCGUUGGCUUGAACAGCCUUCACUUUGGGUUGUGGAUAUGUUCUUAAUCCUGGAUCAGCUAGGGAUUUGCUGUGUGUAUAUUGUGUUUGUAGCCGCCAACAUAAAACACCUUAUUGACGCCAAUUUCUUGGAACUGGACAUCAGAAUACACAUGGCCAUUCUCAUAAUUCCAUUCGCAAGCAUAUUUUUGAUUCGAGACUUGAAGACUUUGGUCCCGUUUUCGCAGCUUGCAAACACGGUAACUAUUGUGGCUCUUGGGAUGAUCUGCUAUUACUUGCAUCAAGGACAGCUCACAUUUCAUGGAAAACAGCCCAUGGCGGAUGUACGAUUUUACCCUUUAUUUUUUGGAACGGUCCUCUUUUCACUUGAGUCCGUUGGUUUGAUAAUGUCUUUGGAGCAAAAUAUGAAAGAUCCGAAGAGGUUCGGUGGCUGGUUCGGAAUUCUAAGCAUUGGAAUGGCCAUAUUAGUUGUUUUGUAUAUCUUAAUCGGAUUUUUCGGCUAUCUUAAAUACGGAAACGAGUCUCUUGGAAGUGUGACGUUGAAUAUCCCUCGCACAGAAAUACUUGCGAUAAUAAUUGAUGUAUUAUUUACCGUGGCAAUAUUUAUGUCAUAUGCACUUCAAGGAUAUGUGAUAGUGGAAAUUGUUUGGCACCAGUCUCUCAAGGAAAAGUACCCUAAUAAAAAGCAUGAUCUGAUGUAUGAAUAUGCAAUCAGAUUACUUGUUAUUUUCGUGACGUUUUCACUCGCUAUUUUAAUACCGCGGCUUGGACUUUUUAUUUCGCUUUUGGGGGCACUCUGCCUGUCAAUUCUGGGUUUGCUUUUCCCAGCAAUAAUUGAAAUUUGCGUAUCAUACCCGAAUAAUUAUGGAAGGUUUUAUCAUGUCAUUUUAAAGUGUAGUUUUAUAAUUCUAUUGGGCCUUUUCGCAUUUGGUUCUGGGACGUAUAGAAGUAUUCAAGAUAUCGUUCUUUCGUUCCGCAAAUCAUGAUAUCACCAGGGCCCGAUAUCACGGAAAUCGCAGGACAAUGGACAGAUAAGGUCACUUAUAUUGAUUUGUCCAACUACACAUGAUGCGUAUGAAAGGAAUCGGAGCGCUUUUUGGACUAUUUGUAAAAAAUUCUCGGGGAACCCCCUCUUGAAGUUUAUUUUUCGGUAUAAGUUUGAUCUGCGAGCAACAACGAGGUACAGGGUAAUGUGAUUUUACACCAGUAUUAAGUAGGGGGCACUGUAGAUAAAUACUGAAAUAAUAUUAGGCCAAAGUCGAAUUUUUGGAAUGAGAUUGAAAAUCAUUUAUUUGAUGCAAGCUUUAUUUCUGAUCGUGAAAUAUUUUUUACUUGAAUUAUCCACUAACUGUGUGAUCGGUUGUGAAACGCACUGGAAUAUUUUAAAUUAAACGUUUGUAAGUAAGCAAUCUAGCACACAUAACUUUAGAAAAUAAAAACAAGUCCCAAGCCAGAAGCU